CAAAAAGCAAUGAAUUCAAGUAAACUUUGAACACAGUGCUCUACCUGCACACGAUUUAGAAGGAUGUAUGAUCAAGAUACGAGGAACUGCCAAGAAAUCUUGAGUUUAGAAGAUUUGUUGCGGUGGUAGUACUGGUAUGUGAUUCUCAUCUGGUUUCUGUAUAUUAUAGAAUAAAUGAUCAAAUACAUUGAUGCUGUUGUGAACUAGGGUUUUCACUGAGGGAGAAGGAAGAUAUAAAUAUGGAAAGAAGAAGACUCUCUGAUGUUGGAUUUUGACAUGGAGGGAAGACCCUAUCGAAGGCUAUGUUUCUCUGAUCCAGGAGAAGGGACGGUGGUGAAGAUGUCGGCCCUCAGCUGGAAGCCCUUUGUGUACGGAGGGCUGGCCUCCAUUACUGCGGAAUGCGGUACUUUUCCAAUUGACUUAACCAAGACCCGGCUCCAGAUUCAAGGCCAGACGAAUGAUGCAAACUUCAAAGAAAUCAGGUAUCGAGGAAUGUUGCACGCGUUAGUGCGGAUAGGCAAAGAAGAAGGUCUGAAAGCUCUGUACUCAGGGAUUGCCCCUGCGAUGUUACGCCAGGCUUCCUAUGGCACUAUCAAGAUAGGCACUUACCAGAGCUUGAAGCGACUGUUUGUGGAACACCAAGAAGAUGAAACUCUACUGAUAAAUGUGGUGUGUGGAAUUCUCUCUGGAGUCAUAUCCUCAACUAUCGCUAAUCCAACUGAUGUUUUGAAAAUUCGGAUGCAGGCACAGAGCAGCACGAUUCAAGGCGGAAUGAUAGGCAACUUCAUUAACAUUUACCAGCAAGAGGGAGCAAGGGGCCUAUGGAAGGGCGUGUCCCUUACGGCCCAGAGGGCUGCCAUCGUUGUUGGCGUGGAGCUGCCGGUCUAUGACCUCACCAAGAAGCAUCUGAUUCUCUCGGGCCUCAUGGGAGACACUGUGUAUACCCACUUCCUCUCAAGUUUCACCUGUGGUCUGGCUGGGGCCCUGGCCUCCAACCCCGUGGAUGUUGUGAGAACACGUAUGAUGAAUCAGAGAGUCCUUCGGGAUGGCGCGUGCUCUGGCUACACAGGUACCCUGGACUGCUUGUUACAGACAUGGAAGAAUGAAGGGUUUUUUGCUCUGUAUAAAGGAUUUUGGCCAAAUUGGUUGAGACUUGGUCCUUGGAAUAUCAUUUUCUUUGUGACCUAUGAGCAGUUGAAGAAAUUGGACUUGUGACAAAUCAAGGCUUCAUGAGACAGCGCUCUGAAAACACUCCCUUUAGAAACAAUAAAGCUUCCUGUGUGUCACGCUGCUUCUCACUGCUUGGUUCACCACAGAUUCUGAAGCGUGAGCAACAGAUGAAGAUGGGGUUAGUUCAGAUUGCUGUGUGUUGGCAGUGGACGCUGCGCAUCGACUGUUUCAUGCUAGAAACUAACAUCCAAACACGAAUCCUUACCAUGCAAGUGCCCUUCAACAUCAAAGACCGCAUGUGGAACAUACGUUUCUUGAUAAAGAGAACUUGCGAGAAGAUCAGGAACUGUGUGUCGUUUUCUUCAGGGGAGAGCUGAGAAUGCCAGGCUGCUCUAGAGAAGCUCAUCAGAACCAUGGAAUAGAGCCUCCGAGAGGGUGUUGUUAUUCCUGAACUGGGGACUGUCCUUUCUCGUCAGCUGAAGGAACUUCACACGUGGAGACCUGGCCCUUUCAACUCCAGGUGGAAACAGUGCAGGAAACCGAGCCCUGGAACAUUGCCCUGCUUUAUAAUUUCCUAUUUUGGCAGGAUCCUUCACUUACAAUAAGUGAUUUUCAGCCUUCGAAGGCUUGACCUUUGUGAGGAAUUGUUACGAAAUAUUAAUCUCUAAAUCCAUGACGGUGGGAUGUGUUGGCUUUUGAACAUGGCAGGGUCCACGUUGAUGGAAGAUCUUUGAGGCAGCUGGGGUUCAGUCUUAGGUAAUGUUAGCAGUUUGCUCCGAUUUUUAGCAAAGUUCAUUAUUUCUGUAAAAUGGGGACGAUAACCUGUAUUGAUAUGGAGGGUCAAAUGAAGACAAGAGUAGCUUCUAGUUGCCUGCCUGGUGGGGAGGCGAUGGACCUCAGCCCUGCUAUCGUCCCGCCAGAAUCCCAGCAUCAACAGGCUGGUGUAAAGAAGAGAGUGGUUUCAUGACGGGACUCUCACUGGAAUCCCUAGGAAAGCCCCUCGCCAAGGCCUUGUGAAAAGAGAGAACAUGGUCUAAGUUAUAGUUUUAUUAUGUUUUCUGUAGCAAGAUGUUGCGAGGGAAUCGGUUGAUUUUUCCAGAUUUCUCAGUUUUUACUUUAGUUCAGGUUAUCUAUUAAGGUAUGUCCUGUCUCAGACUUCCUGUUCAGUAUGGUUGGAAAACACUUGCUUGAAAAUUUAGAAACUAUCUCUUUAGUGCUGCACCUGUUUUCCAGUUUCUGAAAAAAGUAUAUAGUAUCUUCCUUUCUUUGCCUAAGGCAACAAAAAUCGUUCUCCCUCUUCUUUCUCACCUUCAUCUUGUUCUUUUCAAACUACAAAGUGACUCUGAGAACCCAAAGAACUUUACACUUCUAGAAGACAGCCCAGGGAAGGGGACGUAUUUACUUACGUACCUUCAGUUAUUCCAUUCGAGAACAUGACACACUGACCGGGGCUCUGGGACGGACCCUGCUAAAGUAUUUGCGGGGCAGGUUCUCAGUUUGUUCCCGCCCUGGGUCACCACCUUCCUUGAACCCAGCAUUGAAGGUGUGUAGGUUUCUCUUGGGGAUGGGGCCGUUUUCCUGCCAAUCACUUUCACGUUGCCUUCUCUAUUAACGUUUACUUUGAAAAAUAUUUCGUGAGGCAGAAUUGCUAUUUCCAAACUCGAGACAAAGUCAUUAAGAAGAGAAGAAGUGGUGGAGUGGCGUGUAGGUGUUAAUUGGUUAAAGACUUAGUUGAAAGUCCAGAUCCCCUCGCCCAUUCUAGACGUGACUGCAGAGCAAGCGCACUGGGGCCCGGCUCCUGGUACUGAACCAUUAUCUUUAGACAGAGAUUUUUUUUCUUCUUACCAAAACAUUCCAUUGACCUGGUCAGGGCUUUCUCAGAAAGGCUUUCACUUUUGGGUUCCUCUAGUUCAAAGGAUUA